GGUGAAAUUAAAAUAGUGAACCUCUCAUAAUCUUCCAGUGACAUUUAUGUUACUGACCAUUGCAGCAGUUCAAAGGUUACUUUCAGGAGAGAAAAGGUUUAAACGAGAAAAGAAUGUCAGACAGUCUUCGCUUCGAUGAUCGAGUUGUGGUUAUAACAGGAGCAGGUGCAGGUUUAGGUCGAGCCUAUGCCCUUUUAUUUGGCUCGAGGGGUGCAAAAGUCGUGGUGAAUGAUCUGGGUGGAGGUCGUCAUGGGGAUGGCAGCAAUACCAAAGCCGCUGACACAGUUGUAACUGAAAUUACAUCAGCUGGUGGAAUUGCCGUCCCAAAUUACGACUCCGUCCUACAGGGCGAUAAAAUUGUCCAAACAGCCAUCGACAGAUUCGGGCGAAUCGACAUCCUGGUAAACAACGCAGGCAUUCUACGUGACAAAUCCUUCAUGAGGAUGUCAGACCAGGACUGGGAUCUCAUUCACGAUGUUCACCUCAAGGGCUCCAUGGUGACAACCAGAGCAGCUUGGCCGCACUUCAGGAAGCAGAAGUACGGUAAAAUUAUUUUCACAUCCUCAAAUAGUGGAAUGUACGGGAAUUUUGGCCAGGCAAAUUAUUCAGCUGCUAAAAUGGGUCUUGUUGGGCUCUCCAACACUCUAUCAAUCGAGGGCCAAUCCUCCAACAUCAAGAGCAACGUGAUCAUCCCAACAGCAGGAUCAAGACUAACAGAGGACAUUCUCCCUCCAGAGCUCUUCAACGAGCUAAAACCUGAAUUCAUAGCUCCAGUUGUGGUUUGGCUGUGCCACGAGGACUGCAACGAGAAUGGUGAGAUAAUCGAGGCUGCACUAGGCUGGGCUGGCAAGUGUCAUCUGAUUCGAGGAAAUGGAGCUCUUCUGAGAAGAAAUCGACAGGACUCAGUGACCCCUGAAGACGUCAGAAACAACUGGGGAGCCAUCUUGAGCAUGGAGGGGGCCAAACGAUAUGAGAACAUUGCAAUAGUCACCGGAGAGCUGGUGAACGCCGUGGAAGUCCUCCAAAAUAAUAAGAGUUCCUCUGAGGUAAUGGAGUACAGCAUGAUAAACGAGUACGACUUCAAACAGACCAUUCUCUACGCUCUCAGUGUCGGGGCCAGGCUUAAAGAUCCAAUGGACUUCAAAUUCCUUUACGAGAAUCAUGCAGAUUUUGCUGUGGUUCCCUGCUUUUACGUGGUGUAUGGUCCUGCCACCCUCAUGGCAACUGAUAUUUUGGAGAAGGCUUUCCAAGGGAGACCGGUCAAUCUCGCUGCAGUUGUCCAUGGGGAACAGUACAUAAAGGUCUUUCAGACCAUUCCAACUGAAGCUAAGAUUGAAACAAAGUGCAAAAUUCUGGACGUUCUGGACAAGGGGAGAAAUGCUUUUCUCUUGAUUGAACACGAGACAUUCAAUGCGGAAACUGGGGAGAAAUUGACGACAGGUCGUAUUACAGCAAUUGUUAAGGGAGCUGGAGGUUUUGGAGGUCCCAAUAGCUCCCCCCACGAGAUUCUCAGUGUGGAGGCACCCAAUCGAGCACCAGACGCCUCUCAGACGGAAAAAACGAGUACAGAACAGGCGGCCCUGUACAGACUGAGCUCUGGAGACUUGAAUCCUCUCCACGUGGACCCAGAAUUCGCUAAAAUGGGAGGAUUCAAAGAGCCCAUACUCCAUGGGCUCUGCUCAAUUGGAUUUGCCACGAGACACAUCCUCAAAACAUUCGCGGGUGGUGAUCCUGGCUUGUUUGAGGCCAUCAGAGCUCGAUUCUCUAAGCCUGUGGUGCCUGGGCAAACCCUGAGGACUGACAUGUGGAGAAAUGGCAACAGAAUUCACUUCGAAUGCGUUAUCGUUGAUAACAAUACACCAGUGAUUACCAACGCCUACGUCGAUCUCAAGGAGGUAAAAGUCACCACGAAGGCAAAACUCUGAACAUUAUUACUAUUUAUCGAGGGGUUUUUUUUUUCAUCAUUCCAAUGAGCUAUUUUAUGGACUAGGACGUGAAGGGACUUUUGUAUAAUGGUUGAAUUAAUAAAUGCAUUUAUAUUGUUA